AUGAUGGCUCAACCUUCGGCCUCAUCAAGACCGACCACUACACUUGAACAGCAGCCAACCGAUCAGCUUCAGGACAAGCCAAGCCAGCCCAAGUCUAAGCCACCCAAGGACGGAGCGAGGACCCUAGUAGAUGCACUAACUGCUUACCAGAGAAGAACUGCCAGAGCCGAACGUACCGCUGCGCGCAAUCAACCGCCUGACUCAAACCCGAGGUCUUCGCACCAUUCCAAACCUAACGAUAUUGAUCAAGCCCCAGAUGCCAGAUUACGACCCCAACUCUCCUCGCGCCGGACUCAAGAUGCAAAUUUUGAAACGAGAGACUAUGUCGAUUCCAAACAACAGCCCGCUCAAGGACGCUCUGGGGGAUCUCCCUUUCCAUCCAAGAAGAACUCAUCAUCCAAUCGGAACUCACCCAGAGGACUCCGAACUCCUAAUGAAUCCAACUCCAAGCUCUUCGAUCCCAAGCUAGAUUUAUCAUUUACCACGUCCAAGAGAUCUCCCGAAAAGAUUCGCAUCGAGGGUCGAUCUACCAGGGCAAACAAACUUCAAGCACAGAGUAAUCAUAUGCUCAAAAUCCCUGCUGGGACCUCAGAUGACCGUGAAAGCUCACAUUCCAAUCCGUCGCAAGCCUCUCAUGGAGUAGCUAAAAACCUUCCAGCUCAAAUAAGAACCACCGCCCCACAAGAUCGUAGUUGGAAACAGAAAAAAAACCAUGUUCGUGGUAAUGUUGCCGAACCUCGUCAGCUCUUCGAUCCUCGUAAACAUGACCCUGUCAAGUUUGCCAGCUCGACUAGCUCGCAACGACCUAGCGAACUCACCAACCCCAAGAAUUCAAUCCUUACAGGCAGCAAUGGCGAUCAAGAUUCGAUGGGCUCUCACUCCUUUCCGGCGAAGGAUGAUAAUGAAGAAGAAGAGAAUAAGAAUGAUUUGAUCGCUAACUUGAAACACGCCUAUAAACAAAUUGUCAGUCUAGAAACCGCUCUGAAGGAUGAAGAAUGUGCAGCCAAAGCCAAAGAAGAGGAAAUACGGGCACGAGAAAUCCGAGAAGGUCAACAUCGUCUUUCGAAUCCUUCGAAAACCUCAUCAGCUUCCUUGCUCCGGAACCACGCCCAACAGAAACGUCAUCAAGAAGAUUAUUGGGUCAAGUUAGCGAAGCAGCAUCGAGAAUUGGCUGAAACCCACCAACAGUUUUUAGAGAUGGCCUUAGACCCCCGUCUACCCGCUUCAAUGCACGCUCUACCACAGAAAUACAACACCCCUAGUCGACUGUGGCAGAUCGGAUUUCAUCAGCUACUUGAGCGACUUAGACAUGCCCUACCUACAUCAGUAAACUCGGCCUUCAACGAACAAUCUAGUCAGCUGUUACUGGAGCAUAUGACUGAUUUUAUAUAUUUUGCCUACGGAUUUUAUACGGCCUUACUGGAAGAACAAAGACUGUUACCAUUCAAGAGUGUAUGGGUUGAGCAGUUGGGCGAUCUGGCUCGCUACCGGAUGGCUGUUGCUGGCUUGACGAGCAAGUUUUCUGCACCGAACGAGGCACAGUCGAGUGCCAGAAGAUCAGAAGUCGGCAUCCGGGUCCCUGGUCAGGAAAUUGAUGCUGAGAAUGACAGCGAAAGUGGACGAGAGCGAAUCAGACCUAGGGCUCGGCGGCCGCACCGAUCCCGAGGGAAUGAAGAGAACGUGCCGUCCUUGUCGGAAAGCCAAUCCAGCCGACUUGAUCUUUCGUCGCAAGACAGUCGUAAUCAACUUGCGCCAUUGGACCCUAAGAUUGCCCCUCCACGAGCAGGGGGUAGUAUCGGGCUGGCCGCCUUGGGUGAUUGGGAUUGUGAAGAGCAAGAGAUUUGGAGGGCGACUGCCAAGGAUUGGUAUGCUAAAGGUCUAGCCGACAAUCCUGCCACUGGGAGAUUGCAUCAUCAUUUGGCUCUGUUGAGCAAGGGUGACGAACUGAGGACCAUUUAUCACUACUGCAAGAGCUUAACAGCCGCCCAUCCUUAUCUACCAGCCAGAGAGUCGAUCUUGCCGUUCUUUGAACAAGAGCAUCAAUCCAGAAGAAGCAGACCUGAAGUCUCGAUUAACGACCUCUUUGUUCACCUGCAUGGGAUGCUGUUUACAAAGAUUCAACUGGAUGAUUUCGAUUCAGAGCUGGCUCGUUUUAUGGAAAAGCUCACGGAGGAUCGAUUUUUAUCUGACAAGAAUGGUCGCCGAGGGAGUGGUCGACAACCGGGAGAUAUCAUCGCCCGGUCUACGAUGACAAAUGCCAGUUGGGUGAUGAUGGGGACUAUUAACAUCUGUGCUAUUUUACAGUAUGGUCUUGAAGACGGUGUGAUUCGCGCAACCCAACAUACCGCCCAGAAGUCUCAUGAUGUUCAUUCGCGGCCUAACAAUCACAGGGCAGCAGCCAAAGGCCCAGCUGGAAAUUCCAAACAGGCCACUAUCGCACCACAGGCCAUCUUAUUGAGCAAUUCAGCCAGUGUCAAUCCUCCCAUCGAACCUCGUAAGACAACUCGUUCGAUCAGCUCGGAAGAUGGCAUACCUACUGAUCAGUUCGACGAAGAGCACAAAGCGAUUAUGAUCAAGAGAACUGAAGUCAAUGAUGCCGAUGAGGAGAGCGAUCCGAUCGUCUUUGUCUGGGCAGCCAAAUUCACCUUUGAAAUCUUCAAGGAAGUCUUGCAGCAGAAUCCCACCGAAGAAGUUUGUCCAUAUCUGACGAUCAUCCUAACCUUCAUCGGAUCACUGUGUCACAAUGGUCGGGCGAUGAGAAAAUUGGAGAGAUUCAUCCCAUGGGAUAGAUUGGUGAUCUACCUCAAUCAGAUCCGAACUUCAGUACCAGUUCGAGCUCCAUCCACGGUUCCGGCUCGUGAAAGUUCCGGUUCAUCUCACUGUCGACUCACCGGCUUCCCCUUGUUAGAGGACUGGUGUUUGAGGGGAAUGGAUUGGGCUGGAAAAGGGCUGUUUGGGAGAGGCUAUUGGAGACAACAGAAGAACAACGUUGGUAACGGUGCGAGCCCGGGAGACUCUAUCAGAGAGUCGGGUAGAGCGACACUUAUUCCGGGUCAUCAGAACGUCGACUCCGAACUGGAUGCUUUAGUGUCUUUGAACGGAGAGCUCGAAGGGGGCCAGGUCCGCUCUCGGCUUGGGAGAAUCGAUUGGGAAGGUGAAGAGGCCAGCCAACCCACUGACGCUCGGUCUCUCUCCUCAACCGAUCGCUGGAAACGGGUCGCGAUCGUUGCUGACUGGAUCGUCAAUUCGGUCCCCGGAAUCAAGUACGAUAAGAAUGGUGGACAGACCUUCGCGAUAUCACAGUCGUUGAGAAACAGGAUUGACCGGUGGGAGGCGGAGGCUAAACGCGAGGAAGAUGAGCGCCAGUUGGCCAAAUCUCGAACUAUGAGCGCCUAUCAUCGCAUCGCCGAGUUCGAUGAACAAAUCGAUGGCGAGAUCGAUGAUGAUGAUGAUGAUGAUGACGAUGAUCCUGAGGAUAGUGAACUCGUGAAAUCGUUGAAGGCACGGCGACGAGAAUUGAAAAUGAUUUUGAACCAGGCGAAGAAUGUUUCGGCCCCCUUAAUGGGCUCCAAACCCAAAGGACGGAAAUCGCACGCCGGGUUCCAGGCGAGACUUCCGCCCGCCCAUUCGAAGGCGCAUUCUCGAAACAAGAACCAACCGAAGAUUAACGUUCUACCGGGCUAUACGACGCUAGUGUUCGAUACUAACAUCUUAAUCGGAAUGCUGACGAUCGUCAAAGAUCUCUUGGAGUCUGAACAGUUUACGAUCGUCGUCCCUUUGGUAGUCAUUACUGAAUUGGAUGGGCUCAAGAAACGGGCCAGUGAGCCUGAGCCUCAGGCCAGACGAUUAGGCGAGGAAGCCCUCGAAGCCAUCAAAUAUCUGGAGCAGUCGAUCAAGAGCUAUUCCAAGAUGUUGAAGAUCCAGACUAGCAAGGGCAACUAUCUCAGGGACCUGUCGAUCAGAAAUGAGCAGAUCAACUUCCAAGACUUUGGAGCAACGAGCAAUGAUGAUUCAGCAGGAGGGAACAAUAAGACUGACAACGGGUUUAUCACCACUAAUGCGGCGCGGAACUUAGACGAUGUAGUCUUACGAGCCACAACCUGGCAGCUGGAGCACUUCUCGGCACGCCUGCCAACUUCAGCAUCAUCGAACAGCCAUUCGGCGGUCUCAGGCGGAACACAAAACGACAAGGCUGACGACGAGAAUGAGCCCGAGAAAGUCGUCCUGCUCACGCUUGACCGUAACCUGAGACUCAAGGCGCGGGCUAGAGGCAUCCUUGCUGCCGACGAGAAACAGAUCAUCAACCUCGUCCACUCCUUCGCUCGUCGCCCCGAUCAGACUCAGUCCCAUCGGGCUCAUCGCAACGCCAAUGGCUUACCGUCGAAAACCCUCGUUAGUUGA